CCCUGUAGCGUCAUAACGCGGUAGCGAGCGUCUUCCAAAAUGGCGUCCAGAUAUUAUCAAGAGACGCAAGAUAGUUUCAGAAAUAACAACAAAAGCAGGGAAUUCCCUGCGCAUAGCGCUAAAGUUCAUUCAGUAGCAUGGAGUUGCGACGGCAGGAGGUUGGCAUCUGGAUCUUUUGAUAAAACAGCAAGCGUAUUUGUCUUGGAAAAAGACUGUUUGGUGAAAGAGAACAACUACAGAGGCCAUGGAGACAGUGUUGAUCAGCUGUGUUGGCAUCCUACCAACCCAGACGUGUUUGUCACUGCAUCAGGGGACAAGACCAUACGCAUUUGGGACGUCAGAACAACUAAGUGCACGGCUACUGUCAACACUAAAGGGGAAAACAUCAACAUCUGCUGGAGUCCCGGCGGCCAAACGAUAGCCGUUGGGAACAAGGAUGAUGUGGUUACCUUCAUCGACGUCAAAUCACACCGGUCACGAGCUGAGGAGCAGUUUAAGUUUGAAGUCAACGAGAUCUCGUGGAAUAAUGACAACAACAUGUUCUUUCUCACCAAUGGAAACGGGUGCAUCAACAUCUUGAGUUACCCCGAGCUGAAGCCCAUCCAGUCGAUCAACGCCCAUCCCUCCAACUGCAUCUGCAUCAAGUUUGACCCCACGGGGAAGUACUUUGCCACAGGAAGUGCAGAUGCCCUGGUCAGUCUGUGGACCGUUGAAGAACUGGUCUGUGUUCGCUGUUUUUCCAGGUUGGACUGGCCAGUGAGAACAUUGAGUUUCAGCCAUGAUGGGAAGAUCAGACGCAGCCCGUCUGGUAUGCUGGCAUCAGCCUCCGAGGACCACUUCAUAGACAUAGCAGAGGUUGAAACAGGAGAGAAGCUGUGGGAGGUCCAGUGUGAGUCUCCUACGUUCACAGUAGCCUGGCAUCCUAAGAGACCGCUGCUGGCCUACGCAUGUGAUGACAAGGAAGGGAAGUACGACAACAAUAGAGAGGCAGGCACUGUCAAACUGUUUGGAUUACCUAAUGAUUCCUGAGUGGGAGUCGAGGCAGUCGCUGUCAAACUGUUUGGAUUACCUAAUGAUUCCUGAGUGGGGUAGCGAUGCAGACGCUGUCAAACUGUUUGGAUUACCUAAUGAUUCCUGAGUGGGAGUCGAGGCAGUCGCUGUCAAACUGUUUGGAUUACCUAAUGAUUCCUGAGUGGGGUAGCGAUGCAGACGCUGUCAAACUGUUUGGAUUACCUAAUGAUUCCUGAGUGCGAGUCGAGGCAGGUACUGUCAAACUGUUUGGGGUUAUCUAAUGAUUCCUGAGUGGGGUAGCGAUGCAGGCGCUGUCAAACUGUUUGGAUUACCUAAUGAUUCUUGAUUGGGGUAGGGAUGCAGGCGCUGUCAAACUGUUUUGGAUUACCUAAUGAUUCCUGAGUGGGAUCAAACACACACGUCUCUUGAUUCACUCUUUAAACUGAGUUUAUGCGGAUGAUUGGCCCUACUUUGUGGAUGCAUGUUAGCUAUCCCUGUGUUGCAAGACGUUCAAUACAACAUCCUUGACUUUUGGUCCUUUUAAAUACAGCCAGAAAGGAUGUCUGUUUUAAAUAGCUACGUCAUGUAAACUGAUAUUUCUCCAGAAGUCAAAUCCUCAAUGUUCUUCUACUGUUUUUUUUAUUUCUAGAAAGAGUGCCAUCUUAGAUGUAAAAUUAACUGAUAAUUACAGCGGUUCUGAUAAGGGAAGAGGGCCUAGAGUUGCCCUGAAGGGAAGAGGGCCUAGAGUUGCCCUGAAGGGAAGAGGGCCUAGAGUUGCCCUGAAGGGAAGAGGGCCUAGAGUUGCCCUGAAGGGAAGAGGGCCUAGAGUUGCCCUGAAGGGAAGAGGGCCUAGAGUUGCCCUGAAGGGAAGAGGGCCUAGAGUUGCCCUGAAGGGAAGAGGGCCUAGAGUUGCCCUGAAGGGAAGAGGGCCUAGAGUUGCCCUGAAGGGAAGAGGGCCUAGAGUUGCCCUGAAGGGAAGAGGGCCUAGAGUUGCCCUGAAGGGAAUAGAUAAAACAUAAUUUCCUCUCUGUGGUGAGGGGGAAAACACUAGUGUUCUCUUGGAAACCACCAGAUGGCAGUGAAUCCCAAUUAUGAAAUAGAUGUUUGUUUCUGUAGAGUUUUCUACAUGACUGUUUCUCCAUACAGUUUGCAAUUACACACAGUGCUGUAUCACAUUCAGUUGAAACUGUAAAUAUAUAUAUAUAUUUUUAUAUUAAAACAACAGUCUUGUAUACUUGUCUAGGUUGAACAUAUCAAGGUAUACAACUAAUAUGGUGCAUUGUAUGUUUGCUGUCUAGAUUAUUUCACUAAAAGGGGACUGUAUCUCAGCCAGGAAACGGUGAUUCAUUGCAGGCUAUGAAGACGUUGUGUAACUAAAUGCAUUUAUGUCAUGUACACAGAGAUGGUGGGUGUGAGGUCUUGGACUUGAUAUGGUAGCCUACCCUCUGUAUCACAGCUCCCACACACCAACCAGCACAAGACCAUGUUAUCUUAACUGGGUGAAUAUGAUGCCCUGCCAACUAAGUACAGUAUACAGUCCGAGCCAAAAAGACUCUCAAAUAAAUCAUACAAGUUCUGGGUUAUAUUGCAUUUUCCUGUCCAAUGAUGUAAAAAAAAAUAUAUAUAUUUUAUACUAAUACAAUGACUCAGAGAAAUAUAUUUUAUUUAACAAGUAAUACUUUUUCCCCCUCAGAUGUUUUGAAUACCUCACCUUUUGAGUAUAAUGGCACUGAGCCUUUUUUUCUACAAUGUAUCAGAUUGGAGAACACGUUGGGAGGGAUCAUAGACCAUUGAUAUCCUUAAUCUGCGCUUAGGGACGGCCCUCAUCAAGUUCCGGAGAAUGAGAUGGCUAUUGCAAAAUGUUUUUAAUUUUAUUUUGUGGUCGAUUUAACAUUUCUUUGUGUAUUUUGAUGUGUGCUUGGGGUUAUUGUCUUGCUGGAAGAUCCACUAUCUUUUUGAGAGAUGUUUUUGUUUUACCAAAAGUUUUUCUUCAAUUGUGUUAGUAUAAAAUAAUAAAAUGUCCAAAUGUUUUUGAACAAUCUAGCCCAGUAUUUGUGUUAUUUAUUUGAUAGUCUUCUUUUGCUGAUAUAUGAUCCAUAUAUUUUUAUGUACAUAUUCUUCAUCCCUUUACACUUGUGUGUAUAAAGUAGUAGUUUUGGAAUUGUUAGCUUAGAUUACUUGUUGGUUAUUACUGCAUUGUCGGAACUAGAAGCACAAGCAUUUCGCUACACUCGCAUUAACAUCUGCUAACCAUGUGUCUGUGACAAAUACAUUUGAUUUGAUUUUGAUUUUAAAUAAAUAACUUUUUUUUUUAAA